AUGUCAGACGGAUUCGAAGAACUGAAGGCCAUAUUACACGCAUACCCUAACUUUCGAUCAGAAGAACCAAUCUACUCCUCUCUCAGCGAACAGGUCGACAAAAACGUUAGAGUGUUCCAUGAUACUCUUGCAGCCUGCUCCUUGAAGACAGUUCGAAACGUAGCGGCAAUUGCAAUCUCACACUUCGAGCUAAAUGAGGACCUUAGUUUCAAGACAGUCGAAUACGCAUUUGCCUCUAACAAGCCCGAAGACCCUAGGUUGACAGAGAGGCAGCUGCGUAUUAUAUUGGAGAAGAUGAACAGGGCAUCUACUGCGUCCAGCUCGGAGAAGGAACAAAUCACCGAAGAACUUUGCACAGACUUAAUCUUGCAUGGCUGGCCCAGGCUUUUGGCUUCCCUCAUGAAGCGGCAUGACUCCCCAGCUCUCGAGGAGGCUAUAUCUCUGGUCUCUAAAUAUUCGAAGAACCAACAUGUUCAAGUCAUCAAAUUCAAGACUAGUGUUGAAGAAAUCAAGUCGCUAUACCAAGAAGCUGUCGUUGCGAAAACCAAAGAAAGCAGGAAAGUUGUCGCAGGGAAGCUCUACGCACAGGCUCUGCGCUGGCAACAGGACGGGUAUUUUGAAUCGAAUGGUCUAUUCCAAUCGGUAGAGACACUACUAGGUUCGUGGUUUGCAUAUAUUCAGUUGAAAUUUCAGUUAACAAUAACUCUACUAUCAAGCGGGAACUGGAUGCGACCUGCUGCCCACUCGAUGGUCACGAAAGGUCAUGCUGCCCUUCCUUAA